UGAAAAAUAUCAUUACCCAAUUUAUUCAUAUAUACGUAUAUUGGUUAGGCUGACACAUCGAAUUACCGCGCAUGUGCAAACAGCUUUGCAAUAUCAACUAAUCCCCAUUAGUUGGUACUACAGCAAAUAAACGACUAGACAGUAAUAUUCUGACUAACAUACGGAACAGAACGGUCACGAAUUAAGACCGUUUUUAACUUAGAGAUAAUCAUGUUACGACUAUUGAGAAAAGUUCGAUUGCCACGGUAUUUUUCGACUGCUGCCAGACUGUUGCCAGAAAAAAAUCCAUCGAUCCUCUAUUCAGGAAUUUUCAUUGAUAAUGAAUGGCACCGAUCCAAGUCGGGAAAAACGUUUCCCACGGUUAACCCUACAACCGGUGAAACUAUCACCGAGGUGCAGGAAGGCGAUGUUGGUGACAUCGAUGUAGCGGUACACGCAGCAAAUAAAGCUUUUAAGUUAGAUUCACCAUGGCGAACUAUGGACGCUUCUCAACGCGGUGUAUUGUUGAACAGGUUGGCCGACUUGAUGGAACGUGAUCGCACUUAUCUCGCGUCUUUGGAAACGUUAGAUAAUGGAAAACCAUACGUCACAGCAUACGAAUUUGAUGUACCUGCAAGCAUUCAAACAUUGAGGUAUUUUGCGGGAUGGUCGGACAAAAGCCACGGCAAAGUAAUUCCCGUCGAUGGAAAAUAUUUCGCCUACACGCGUCACGAACCCGUUGGUGUUUGUGGACAAAUUAUUCCGUGGAAUUUCCCUCUUCUAAUGAUGGCUUGGAAACUAGGACCCGCUUUAGCUACUGGAAAUGUCAUCAUUUUGAAACCUGCCGAACAGACGCCAUUAACAGCUUUAUACGUGGCUCAAUUAACCAAGGAAGCUGGAUUUCCUAAUGGAGUAAUCAAUGUCGUUCCUGGUUUUGGACAAGCCGGAGCUGCGCUGGUCGCUCAUAAUAUGGUCCAUAAAAUAGCGUUCACCGGCUCAACUGAAGUUGGAAAGUUAAUACAAAAGGAUGCCGCAAACACCCUGAAAAGGACCACGUUAGAACUUGGUGGAAAAUCUCCUAACAUAAUAUUUAGGGAUGCUGAUCUCGACCAUGCUGUAGAAACAGCUCAUUUCGCUCUAUUUUAUAACAUGGGUCAGUGCUGUUGUGCCGGCUCGAGAACAUUCGUCGAGGAUAGUAUUUAUGAUGAAUUCGUGGAAAAAAGUGCUGCUCGUGCCAAAUCUAGGGUCGUGGGUGAUCCAUUUGACGUGAACGUGGAGCAAGGUCCACAGAUCGAUGAGGAACAAACAAAUAGAAUUAUAUCUCUCAUUGAAACUGGCAAAAAGCAAGGGGCAAAGCUUGUUUCUGGUGGCACGAGAGUUGGUGAUAAAGGCUAUUUUGUCGCGCCUACAGUGUUUGCUAACGUUACAGAUGAUAUGACCAUCGCUAAGGAAGAGAUCUUCGGACCGGUUCAACAAAUUCUAAAAUUCAGCAGCUUAAACGAAGUUAUCAAGCGUGCUAACGCUACUGAUUACGGAUUGGCGGCAGCAGUUUUCACAAAGGACAUCGACAAAGCAAAUCAUGUCAUACAGGGACUUCGAGCAGGCACCGUAUGGGUUAACACGUAUAACGUUCUAACGCCUCAAGUACCAUUUGGAGGAUAUAAAAUGUCUGGACACGGAAGAGAACUCGGAGAAUACGGCCUCCAAGCAUAUACCGAAAUCAAGAGUGUAAUCGUUAAAGUUAAUCAAAAAAAUAGUUAG